UGCGUUCUGCACAUUUAAUGUUACAGAAAAACAAAGAAAGGGUGCAUGGAAAAUGACAAUAAAUACCAAUAUUCCAACAAAAUAUAUCAAGGUAUGGGUAAUGGAAGUCACUGACCGCCUUGAUGACGGUAAAACAUACAAAAUGAGAAACAAGUAUGAAUAUGGGCAGAAGACAAUUGACGUACAUUUUACACUUACAUAUAAAGAGGCAGACGUUCCAAUUUCUGGUUUCUGUUCAAGCAGUGUCGAGGAAACAGCACCCUUGAAAGAUGCCGGAAACAUUAUCAAUGAAAAUGACUGGGAGGAGAAUGGGAUGAUGGUCAUGCAAGGAAAAUGUAUCCUACCUGUUGAAAAGAAACUUGAAGAUUUUUAUAUAUCUGUUACUUUAAACGAGGAAACGUUCAAAUUAAAGGACUGGAGCACAACCGAGUUUUCAAGAGACCCAAGUGGUCGUUGGUACACAUUAAAGAACAAAUGGACAGCGCAUCCACCAGAAUUUACUUUUAUUUUCCACAUUUAUUACGAUGCUGACAAACCUCCAACCGGAAGUUGUGCUAUUUUGACAGGAAGUGAACCAAAACCACCUGUAACACAAGAACCACCUGUGUCACCUACAACAAGACAGACGAUACAACCGACGACAACGCAGAAACAAGCAACACCAGUAAUAACAAAGCAGAGUACACAUUUGCCAACAACAGAAACGCACACGACACCAGUAACAACAAAAAGUCAGACAUCACCGUCAACAACGAAAAGUCAGACAUCACCGUCAACAACGAAAAGACAGACAUCACCUUCAACAACGAAAAGUCAGACAUCACCGUCAACAACGGAACGUAAAAAAACGCAACGAACAACCCAGCAUCAAACCGUAUCACCCACUACAUCAAAUGUACCAGCACCAACAAAUCAACCAGGAGCCACGCACCAGGGAAUAUUGAACUUGUACCAUAACAAAUUUAAAGGAGAUGGCACUUAUUAUGGCGCUGGAGAACAAGGAACAUGUAGUUACUCACCUCCAAGCCUGCCUCCAACAGUUGCAGCAGGAAACAUAAGACGUUAUAUUGCAUUGAAUAGACCACAGUUUUUCAACUCAUUGUCUUGUGGAAUGUGCUUUAAGGUACACGGAAGUGGUAAAGGUUUAGGAAGUGACCCAAUAAUAGGAGAUUCUAUCGUGUUUGUGAAAGAUUUAUGCCCAGAAUGUCUUGCUGGAUCUGUAGAUCUAGCAGAAAACGGAGAUGGCAGGUGGGAAGUAGAAAUACAAGCAGUUCAGUGUCCAGUAGGCAACACAAAAUUGGAAUACAAAUUUCAGGGAAGUAAUCCAUGGUACCUAAAACUUCAAGUUAGGAAUGCAAGAAUUCCAGUCACUGGACUGUCACUAUGGCAACCGAAAAGUCAAAGAUGGGCUGCUAUGCAGCACAGCUCAGACGGAUUUUGGUUAAUGGGUCCAGGUCAUUUCGAGAAACCAGUCCAUCCAUCUGCUCAGGCUCCACUUAAAAUGAAAUUAACAGCUGCAAAUGGCGUUGUAAUAGAGGAUCAAAUUACUAAAAUGCCUAAUGAAGUUGUUAUUCAUGGUACUGGUAAACAAUUUCCACGGGACCCGUCUUUACCACAGGCUUAAACGGUUUAUAAUAAUAUGUAGAAAUUGAAUAUAAAUAAAGGUUCUCUGGUA